GCUCCCCCCGCCGACCAUGAAGAACCCGGUGCCGCAGGCGGCCUCGCUGCUGCUGGAGAAGCUGCUGCUCCUCGUCCACGUCCGCCCGCUGCCGGCGGGCUCCGGCGGAGAACCGCCGCCGGCCCCCAGCUACUACGACACCAGCUGCUUCAAGCGGGGCGACCUGCUGGAGGUGCCCCGCACCCUCUUCGUCCACUUCGGCAUCUACCUGGGCGAGAACCGCGUCGCCCACCUGAUGCCCGACAUCCUGCCCGUCCUCACCGGCGACCGGCGGCAGAUCCAGCAGGUGGUGACCAACAAGCGGCUCAUCCUGGGCGUCAUCGCCAGGACGGCCAGCAUCCGCGUGGACACGGUGGAGGACUUCGCCUACGGCGGCAGCAUCCUGGUCAACCACAUGGACCGGCUCUUCGAGGACCAGGUGCUGGCCAGCGAGGAGGCGGCGCGCCGGGCCGAGAAGCUGGUGGGCGCCACGGCCUACAGCUUGCUCUGGAACAACUGCGAGCACUUCGUCACCUACUGCCGCUACGGAGCCCCGGUCAGCUUCCAGACGGACAAGUUCUGUGAGACUGUGAAGAUGAUUAUUCGGGACCAGAGGAGUGUACUUGCUUCGGUGCUUGUGGGACUAGCAUCAAUAGUCUGCCUGGGUUUGGCACCCUCCACCACGCUCCCCACUAUCUUCAUUCCCUUCAUUCUGUGGAUGGCUGGCUAACGGCCUGCUCGGAAGCUCGCAGCCGCUGUCUGUAUAUAGGAUGUAUGCUACUGUAUUUAUGAAAGCAUCAGUGUCACGUAAAGUUUCUUAACCUUGUGUGCUGUUUUUAAAUACAGCUUUGUCUAGAACGCAGUGCACAAGGCAUAGCUUACUGUGUAAGCCGAAUAAUAGAUUUCCUGAAUCUCUGUUGGUACAUUUUAACACACCUUGAAAUCAUGAAAAAGUAGGGUUGCGAUGCAGUUCUGCUCCUUGCCAUUAGCCAUAAGUGAUUCUGGUAAUGCUUUCACAUUCUUCAGUUUCUUGGUUGCAUAUCCAGGGGCCAUAACUAUUAAUAAAAAUGGAUGAUGGUGUUCCACAAAGUGAAGGAUGUGGAGAACAAACUACUUGCCUUUUCCUUAGAUACAGCGUAUAUUCAGAAGUCACUGUCUUCAUUCACUAGAAUAUCCAUUAGUGGAGAUACAAGUAAGUAAACUGCCUCGAUUUGAUAGCAAAGAAGAAAAAACAGCUCUAGGCUGGGUGCUGCGGGAACACAUCUGGCCGGAUCAGCUGUAGUCAUUUCCCUUCUGGGAAGUUUUCACAAAUCUCUCAUUUGUAUGACUUGUAUAAACACUUGCUAUGGUGUUGAACAACUUUUUAACUGGAUUAGUGGUAAGGAAAGACAGCAAUUCCUCAGCGUUUUCCUUGCUACUGGUAGUGGUUAGUAUGGCUAAUACAAAUGGCUACAGAGGGGUUUUUUGAGAUGCAGGAAGAAACAAGCUUGCUGUAUGACAACUAGUGACAUACAAAUGUUGGAAGUUUCCAGCGUGCCAGGGCACAUGGCAGGGAGGUGGAGGACAGAUGCUCAUUCUAGUUCCUGCCUUCCCUCAGCACUGGGACCAAUGUGGAUGCCAUAAAGCAUCAGGGAUCACUGGAGCAGUUUCUGUGCUGGCUGUAUUGUCAUUUUGGAUAUUGCCUUAAAACAACAUGCUGUCACGUGAAAGAUGACAUGUCUUUCUGCACUCGUCCCUUGUGAAUAAGUAUUCACUCGCCAGCAGUUGGUGCUAAAAACGUUUUCGUCUUCUGUUGAGGCCUUUCCAUUUAUCAAUAACUUGUAAAGUUGGACUUGAAAUCAAGUUCAUCUAGCCAAUUGUUUGAGCGCUAAAAACCUUUGCUAUUUUUUUUCUUAGCAAUGUCUUGAUGUAUGCAGAGAAAUUGUUCAGCAGCUGGAAUGCCUUGCCUGCGAUACACGCACUUACACGUUCACGCGCUAUGCUUGCCUUCCUUUCUGGUCAGAGGCAAAUACGGUGGUGUCUUCAGCAAGGACUUCUGUGAGUGGUGUUCAGUAUCCCGUCAUCAGCACUGCUACUGAAGCGGCCACUUUCCCUGGUUUUAGAUUCGUUUAACCAUGCUGUAUAAACCCAUCCUCCUUGCCCUAGACCUUACAGCUGCUUGAAGAUUGGAUUCUUGAACUGUCAGUCUAUCUGGCCGCUUUCUAAUCAUCUUCUUCUGGCUGCUCCACUCUAACCGACGAAGAAUGUAAAGACUGGGGUGAAAUUCCAGGCUGUUAGGAGACGGCAGCAUGACUGCUGCUGCCAUCAACCAAGGGAGGAUUUCAGCCCAGCUUUCAGUACGCAUUCAAUCUGCAGCCCAGCUCCAAGCAGCUGGAUAUCAAUUACUGCUGGAUCCUUGCAACUUCUGUUCCGCUUUCAAAGAUUGCCAUGUGUAGUGUAACUGUUUCUGGUAAACUUUUCAAAUUAAGGUGUUUUUUAAUUAACAUGAAUUGCUUUUUCAUCGUGUAUGUGUUAGUAAUAUUGACAUAAAUACUAGUGUGUUUUUUUUACUUGCUGUGUGUAAGGUAUGAACUGUAGUCAUUACUGUAAUUAUAUAAAUAGAAUUUAUUCAUUUAAAAAUGUCUACCGGUCUCUUGAAAUGGAGUGUAAUGCUAUAGCAUUACUCUUAACGUACCCCAGUAGGGCACUGAACAGUCCAUUAACAUGCAGUUACAUGGUGUCUGAUUACAGGUAGGCUUUUCUUUUCCCCUUUAUUUACUUGGGAUUUAUAAGCAUUCCAGUAAUUCUUACAAUUCACUUAUGCAAUAAACAACGGGGUCAUGACCAGUAUCCAAAUCAUAAGUGGGAUUGUUGGAAGGCAGGGAAAUGUUCCUGCUCCAGCUUCACUAUCAAAGGACCAGUGCUCCUGCUUUGCUAAUGCUAUUGAGCAAGAAGAAUCCAGAUUAGACUGGGGGGACUAAAGAGGGAUUUUCAUGGGUGUCCAUGAAAGAAAUGAAAGCAGUUCCUUGCAGACUUCCACCUCUAUUAGUAGAAUUUCCUUCAAAGAAAAAGUAAAGUUUUAACAUUAUGAAAUACUAUGAAAUGGUCUAGAAUGUCUCCUUGUAUCCUUUCAUCAAACAGAAGUAAUAAUAUGGGCAUAGGAACAGAAAUUCAGCUGUGUGUUUGGGAGCUUUUUCCUACCAGCUCUAAUUGUAGCAGAGAUCUGGAAAUUGUGUUAGAAGUCAGGCAUGAGUCAAAUUCGUCAUACUCUGGGAGGAAAAACAAGGCUAGCAGGCAUGAAUUCUCAUGUUCAGCUCAGCCGGUGGUGUUUGUGCUCUGAAAUAUUUUGGUCAAUGUCAGCGUCAACUUUUUUUCUGUAAUUACUUGAGUAAAAAUAAGCACAUGCCCUAGGUGGAGCAUUGCAUUUCAGACUUGAGCUCAACUGUGAUGCUGUUGAAGUGAAGGAGCUAGUUAUAAUAAGAAAAACACAGAAAACUGUGGAGCGGUUCAGCUGUUUGGAAAUGUGUGUGCUUAGAAGUGAAAUUGUUCAUUGGUAACUAAGUGAUGGUGACGGGGAGUGUAAAUCUAGAGUUGCAGCUCAUUUUAGUAGUGGGGCUGUUUUGAAAAGCUGUGUGGUUAAACCAGAAGAUGUAAUGGAGGAGUAUAACCAUCACCCCUGUGCCACUGGGAAAGGCAAGUAGUGAAGACAUCAAGUUAAAAAGAUAGAUGUUGCACUUCAGGCUUUCCAAAGAAAACAAAAAUAAAAUGAUCAUUCACAAGGCUUGAAAUGUUUUUACAAACCCUGCAUUUAAAAGGAAAAAAAAAAAGUUGCUAAAUGAAGGCAUUAGAACAGUGAGCUUUCUGUUUGUAUUUAUUUUAGCUCGGAACAUAAAUGAUUACUCAUUUUGUGGUGAACAGUCAUCUGCUGCUUGAUUUCACCUUUGGGUCCUCCUGUGCUGAAAGAGAAU